AUGCACACAUGCAGAGCUGCAGAGGCACAUGCACGCCUGGCUUGGCAGGCAAAUAAACACAGUAUAGGUGCAUGCACAAGAGCAGACACACGCAUGCAGACUUGCACAGGCACCGGCACCUACAUGCAGAGUUGCACAGGCACCGGCACCUACAUGCAGAGUUGCACAGGCACCGGCACAGACACAGGCACAGGCAUGCAGAGUAGCACAGGCGCUGGCACAGGCACAGGCAUGCAGGGUAGCACAGGCGCUGGCACAGGCACAGGCAUGCAGAGUAGCACACGCACCGGCACAGGCACAUGCACGUGCAUGCAGCACACAGCACAGGCACAGGCACACAGCACAGGCACACAGCACAGGCACACAGCACAGGCACACAGCACAGGCACACAGCACAGGAACAGACACACAUCACAGGCACACAGCACAGGAACAGGCACACAGCACAGGAACAGGCACACAGCACAGGCACAGGCACACAGCACAGGCACACAGCACAGGCAUGUAGAGAUGCACUGGUGCAGGCAAGAAUGUAGAGGUGCACAUGGAAGCAUGUGGGGCCAGACAAGCACAUGUCAGCACAUAGACAGUUGUGCACAGCUGACGCAGGCAUGCAAAGAUGCACAGGCAUUCACUCUCAUGCACCAACUUUUGGAUAUUCUCACAUAG